ACUCCUUUCCUCCAUACAGAUUCUGUCAUUGCUUGUCUCGCUUACCAGGAUUAUUAUGCUUCUUAUUCUUUCUGAGCAGCAAAAAGAACAUUUGAAGUUCUUAACAUCUUUGGAACUCGAUGUGGUCCUUGAGUUUGCCCGAAUAUCCCUGGAUUCUAUUCUCAAAGGCUCUUCGAAUCCCAAAAUCUUCCAAGCGGCCGCUCAAAAGCUCGCUGUUGAAGUGGACACCGUGAAAAAUGGAAUUAGUGGUUUACAGCAUGUCUUCACAGAGAGUUCUCGCUUGAUGGUCGGCGAAAUUGAUUUUCAAGAUUCCAUCAUGACACUUGGUUUCUCCGAAGAAAUGAUCGGUGCAUUGUUGAAGAUGUAUUUGGAAAAUCGCAAAGAAAUUAGGAACAUCUUGGGAGAGAUGAGCUUGCGAACCCCACAUUACCACGACCUGGAAUGGAGAUUCGAUGUAGAGCUUGCCAGCAGGUCACUGCAGCAUCAGACAAACCCUGUGAUCUUUAUGAGGUUGCAUACAAAACAGGGAGAGAAGAAGUCCGCAGACAUAUUUCAAACUGAUCCAGUGAACUUGAUUCACCUUACUUCAGAGUUGGAAAACGCAAUGCAAGAAAUGAAAACUGCCCACUGCCGAAGAAUUGUUAGAAAUAUAAAAUGAACCGUUGAAAUGAGCACGUAGAUAGCGCAAAGGACCCAUGCUGAUAUUCUUGUAUGUAGUCCAGGAAACCCUCCUUCCACGGGUGGAAUUUGAGGGGGAGGGGAGGGUGGUUUCUAAAUAUGCUUGCCCAGGGAUGCUUAGCCUUAACUGCCUUCAGCAAACUAAUCAGUGUCAAUAAAUUUCUAUUUGGG